GGGGCAGAGGCACGGCUCAGGGGCUAGCAGGCAUAGUCUAUCAGAGCGUGCCCCGUAGGGUGGGAGUCACUGAAAUGGUCUGUGCCUGUUUCCCCAGCUGGACAGUGGGAGCGUUGUGAGGUGAAGACUCCGGUGGGAAUUAGCUCGUGUGUGGCUCUUAUGGGGACAGUGAGCGGAGCCAUUGUGGUCACGGACUUGGGGCAUCUUAGGAGCAUGGCUGCUGUGCAUGACGCACUUGGGUCAUGGCAGAGGCCCUGCCUUGUGGAUGGACUGUUGGGGGCCCAGGUGGGAACUAGUCCAGAGGAGCGGCAUUGGUAUUGUUCUGUAGAAGCAGCUGAGUCUGGGGUGGGGGCCAAGGGAAAUGAGGACGGGUUUCCAUCUGGGCCUGGAUUGCUGCCCACUCCCUGGGUGUCCCUACCUACCCGGCUGUGUAUCCCUCACAGUACUGGGGGAAUCACAGAGGUGAUGGCCCUCACCCUGGCUCUCUCUGGCCGAGGCUCCUGGGGCUGAGACUGGGCUGAGUGGACAGGGUUCACUUUUCUCCCCUGCCUCCCACACAUGGCCCCUGCAUCUGUGCCCAGUGUCACAGGUGGCACCAGGAGGCUUUCUUGUCCCUGAUCCCUCACAGGGGGUGCCUUUUCCCACUCCUAUGGGUCUCCUUACAUCCUGACUUCCUGUGCCCACUAGGGGACCUGGAAGAGCAGGAUGGGGGAACCUGCCAUGGGGCUGGGGACCUUAGCAGCCAGGGUGCUUAAUGACAACCUCCUCCUGCUGCUCGCCUCAAUUAGAUGAGAUGUUUGCAAAAGCCCUUUGAUAAGCUGAGAAGUGCUUUCCAAGCCUUUUCUUAGGAGGAGUUGUCUCUUCUGCCUGGUAGUGGGAGGGGCUCAUGAGCCAAAGGCCUGUGCACCCCAGCUACUUGGAGCUGCCCCUCCAUGUGCAUCAUUUUGCCUCCUGACCGCCUCACUUCUAGGGGCCUGCAGAGUACAGAGGUUAAGAGCACAGGACCCUGGCUGGUGGUGCAGCCUCACCCGCUCCCUGACUGUGGCACCUCAGAAGUUACUCAGCCUCUUUGAGUCUCAGUUUCCCUACCUGUCAAAUAGAGCCCUGUUACCUCUGGGGCUCUUGGCUCAGAUACAGAGGCCAUGUGAGUGGCGAUGGCAGAGCUCAGCUAGGACAAAACAAACCCAGCAGCCUGCUAUUGGCUGUGUGCCAGGCACUGUGUGUCAGGAUCUUUGCUGUCAUCUCUGCUGGUUCCCCGUGGCGGGGCACCACCCAUCUCCCAGCAGAGGAAACAGGCUCAGCAGUGGCAGGGUGCCCACAGUCUCCCAGCAGUGAGGUGGCCCAACCAGGUUUUGGCCCUGCCUCUGACCCCUUCUCAUUCCUCAACCAGAGAACCCAAUGCUGCCCCAAAGCAAGCUGGGAGGGGAGGUGGCGGACAGGAGCCUUUUCGAGCCUACCCGCUAUGGGCACAGCCCAGGUGGGCCUAUGUCCAAGUGCUUUCAAGCCCUGGCAGCCGCCGAGGCUAGGGCCAGCCUCUUUCAGGGGAAGUGGGGAGCCCCAGGGUAAGUUUCUGGGAAAUCAGGUUUAUUAGCUCCUUAAUGACUGUUUACAAGCUGAAAAGUGUCUGCCUGGGAUGCACCCUCCCUGUGGAGGGGCUCCAUGCAGACAGAGCAGAAUUGAGGAUGCCCAGGGUCCCCCUGGUGUGUGGAGGAUAAGGCCCCAGGGCGACCUGCAGCUCCUUGGAGCUCUGGGUGCUCCCAGCUGGCCAGCUCAGGGUCUGUUUCUGGCUGAGUAACACUGGGCAGGGUACUUAACUCUCUGAGAUAGGAGGGUCUCUGUCCUUCAGCUGAGCAUGUUCUUAGUGUGAUCCCGGGUUAGCAGUGACAAAGCUGCCAGAUCUGAGAUGCUGGGAGGCUGCUCAGUGUCUGGUGUAUAAUCCACCUGAGGCUCAGAAAUGUUGCCCGAGGACACACAGCCAAUGGGGGUAGACCUAUAUUUUCUCUGUCUACAGUCUGACCAAGAGGAGAUGGAAACUGGGCGGCCCAUCUGUUUGCAAACCCAAGACAGCCUCAGCUACAUGCAUUGGGUGGUCACACCUUGGUGUCAAGGAGCCCCUAAGGAAAGUAGAGAGACCAUGUCUGCUUUCCACCCGGCCUGAACCGAUCUCCUGCCCGAACUGCUGAGCAUGUGCUGGGCCUCUGCUGCUUCUAAGGACCAAUGAAAACCCAAUUCACUUUUACCCAAGCCCAAGAGCAAAUCUGGGAAACUGGAGCAAAGCGCAGUUCACACCAACCCUGUGUUGAUGUGACACCCGGUGUGCCCGCUUCCUCUCCAGGGCCCUCCUGUGUCCUGGUGUGUGGCUGCCAGGGAGGGGCCCACAGAAGUGAGGCAGUAGCCCCCCCCCAAAGGAGACUGGGCUGCUGGGCUGCUGCCCACCAUGGCCUCAGCUGACAAGAAUGGUGGGAGUCUCUCCUCUGUGUCCAGCAGCCGCCUGCAGAGCCGGAAGCCGCCCAACCUGUCUAUCAGCAUCCCACCACCCGAAGCCCAGGCCCCCAGCAAGCAGGACAGGAUGACCCCCCAGAGGCCCAAGAACCCUACCUACAUGAAAAGCGUCAGCCUCCAGGAGCCGCAGGGACGAUGGCAAGAUGGUACAGAGAAGCGGCCUGGCUUCCGCCGCCAGGCCUCCCUGUCCCAGAGCAUCCGCAAGGGCACGGCCCAGUGGUUCGGGGUCAGCGGCGACUGGGAGGGCAAGCGGCAGCACUGGCAGCGCCGCAGCCUGCACCACUGCAGCGUGCGCUAUGGCCGGCUCAAGGCCGCAUGCCAGAGGGACCUGGAGCUGCCCAGCCAGGAGGGGCUGUCCUUCCAGGGCACCGAGUCUCCAAAACCCUGCAAGAUGCCCAAGAUUGUGGAUCCGCUGGCCCGGGGCCGGGCCUUCCGCCAUCCAGACGAGGUAGACCGGCCCCACGCCCCCCACCCGCCGCUGACUCCCGGGGUCCUGUCCCUCACCUCCUUCACCAGCAUCCGCUCUGGCUACCUGCCCCACCGAAAGAGGAUAUCCGUGGCCCACAUGAGCUUCCAGGCUGCGGCCGCCCUCCUCAAGGGGCGCUCAGUGCUGGACGCUACUGGACAACGGUGCCAGGUGAUCAAACGCAGCUUUGCCUACCCCAGCUUCCUGGAGGAGGAUGCAGUCGAUGGGGCAGACACCUUUGACUCCUCCUUUUUUAGUAAGGAAGAAAUGAGCUCCAUGCCCGAUGAUGUGUUUGAGUCUCCCCCACUCUCUGCCAGCUAUUUCCGAGCGAUGCCACUUUCAGCCUCCUCAGCCUCCCCCGACGGGGUGCACAUCCCUCUGAAGGAGUGUGGCCACACCCCCAUCCCAGUGACCCGGCGCGGCAAGCGCAUUGCCUCCACCGUGAAGCACUUUGCCUUCGACAGGAAGAAGCGGCACUACGGCCUGGGUGUGGUGGGCAACUGGCUCAACCGCAGCUACCGCCGCAGCAUCAGCAGCACGGUGCAGCGGCAGCUGGAGAGCUUCGACAGCCACCGGCCCUACUUCACCUACUGGCUGACCUUCGUCCACAUCAUCAUCACGCUGCUGGUGAUCUGCACGUAUGGCAUCGCACCCGUGGGCUUUGCCCAGCACGUCACCACCCAGCUGGUGCUGAGGAACAAAGGUGUGUACGAGAGCGUGAAGUUCAUCCAGCAGGAGAACUUCUGGGUCGGCCCCAGCUCGAUGGACCUGAUUCACUUGGGGGCCAAAUUCUCCCCCUGCAUCCGGAAGGACCAGCAGAUCGAGCAGCUAGUGCGGCGGGAGUGGGACCUAGAGCGCGACUCAGGCUGCUGUGUCCAGAAUGACCGCUCGGGUUGCAUCCAGACCCAGAGGAAGGACUGCUCGGAGACUUUGGCCACUUUUGUCAAGUGGCAGGAUGAUACUGGGCCCCCCAUGGACAAGUCUGAUCUCGGCCAGAGGCGGACGUCGGGGGCUGUGUGCAACCAGGACCCCAGGACCUGUGAGGAGCCAGCCUCCAGUGGUGCCCACAUCUGGCCCGACGACAUCACCAAGUGGCCGAUCUGCACAGAACAGGCCAGGAGCAACCACACAGGCUUCUUGCACAUAGACUGCAUGAUCAAGGGUCGCCCCUGCUGCAUUGGCACCAAGGGCAGCUGUGAGAUUACCACUCGGGAGUACUGUGAGUUCAUGCAUGGCUAUUUCCAUGAAGAGGCGACGCUCUGUUCCCAGGUGCACUGCUUGGACCAAGUGUGCGGGCUGCUGCCCUUCCUCAACCCUGAGAUCCCAGACCAGUUCUACAGGCUCUGGCUGUCUCUCUUCCUCCACGCUGGCUUGGUGCACUGCCUUGUGUCUGUGAUCUUCCAAAUGACCAUCCUGCGUGACCUGGAGAAGCUGGCUGGCUGGCACCGCAUUGCUAUCAUCUUCGUCCUCAGCGGCAUCACGGGCAACCUUGCCAGCGCCAUCUUCCUCCCUUACCGGGCAGAGGUGGGCCCGGCUGGGUCACAGUUUGGCCUCCUUGCCUGCCUCUUCGUGGAGCUCUUCCAGAGCUGGCAGCUGCUGGAGCGGCCCUGGAAGGCCUUUUUCAACCUGUCAGCCAUUGUGCUCUUCCUGUUCGUCUGCGGCCUCUUGCCCUGGAUCGACAACAUCGCCCACAUCUUCGGCUUCCUUAGCGGCAUGCUGCUGGCCUUCGCCUUCCUGCCUUACAUCACCUUCGGUACCAGCGACAAGUACCGCAAGCGUGCGCUCAUCCUGGUGUCGCUGCUGGUCUUCGCCGGCCUCUUUGCCUCCCUGGUCCUCUGGCUCUAUAUCUACCCCAUCAACUGGCCCUGGAUUGAGUACCUCACCUGCUUUCCCUUCACCAGCCACUUCUGCGAGAAGUACGAGCUGGACCAGGUGCUGCACUGACCCCCGAUGUCGCAGGGACCGUGCCUACCGUGCGCUGCUGUGCGUAGCAGAGACCCUGGCACUGGCCCCAGGCCCAGGCACUCACCCAACGCAACGCGGCGAGGCUGAUUCCGAGCGAGCCAGCCAGUAAAGGCAGUUCCCAGGGCGCGGGCCCCUCCUUCUCAGGCCUGGGUGUUCCUGGCCCGGCUUGGGGACAACGAGGACCCCUGCUUCUCCGAGGGUCUGGUUCCAGGACUCCUCAUAGGGACCCCUCUCGCAGGAUCCCCUCUGGGGACAGUUUCCUUUCUUCCCAGGGCCGGGGCUUCUGCAUCUGCUGGUGCUUCUCCCCACGGUCACUGUGAGCAAGCCCUUGCCAGACACGGAGCCGCUCCCUCUUUCCCCAGGACCAGGGUCCCCACCACGGUCCCCUUCCUGCUUCUCCUCUCCUGCCUCCCCCGUGAGUGCACCUGCUUCAUCUGAGGCCUCAUGAGCCUCCCCUUAGGCUCCAGACGGCAUCUGGGAGGAGCUGUGGCCAUGGUACGGACAGACGAAGCAAGGCGACGCGCAGACAGGGACAGGGACACCAGGAGCCUUUGCUUGUUUUGAGCAACAGAGGCUGGAUCCAGCCCCCCUCACUCCUCCCUCUGGCGCCCGUGUUCUGUCUGAUGCCAGGUGGGCGCCGCCGCCACCUCUGCCUCACUUCUGCCCCAGUGAAGGGGACAGAGCUGGGGACCUGCUCCCAGGGGUGCCCGAGGUUCAGUUGUGCUUGGGUCAGGGUUUUGUUUUUCGUUUUGUUUUUGACUAGUUUAUAUUAGGGUCCUAAUUUUAAAAAGUGACGCUAACUUUGUAUGGAUGAUUUCUCAAGUGUAUUAAAUGAUAUUCUUUGUGGAAAUACUCUCUUUGAACUGAGACCACCAGUGCAGUGAAGGCUGGAACUUUUGGGGCUGAGGCCAUCAGCUCAGAGGCAGUGGCUUAAAUCAAGGGACAGCAAAAAACUUGUGGGAUUUUUUGGGAUUUAGUUGGACCAGAAACCAUCUUGGAGCCAGAGGGAAGACCUUGGCAGGUCUCCUGUAAGGACUGAACGGCAUCCUUAAACUCCCAGGGCCCUGCCCCAACCUGCUCCACCUUCGCAGUGAGGAUGCUGCUGGCUUGCCUUGCCUGAGACGCUGUAGCAGGAGAAGAGUUUGGAGGGCAGGAGGCCCAGGGGACCUUGUGAGGACAGAGGACGCGGCAUUCCUGCCAUCUGAACAGCCUGGACCGGGCGAAGCCACCCCCUCUCCUCUCUGUUGACUACUCUGGCUGGGAAUCGCUGUCGGCUCUCCAGCUCAGCCAGGCUGGGGUGGGCAGAGAAGGAGACGAGGAGGCCGGAUGGGAGCCCCAGCCUGUCUCCCCACCUCCCGAGGCCCUGAGGAUCCCAGCUCAGCAGCCGCUGUUCCUGCGAAGGAAGCUGUGGCUGCGCAGCGAGCACCGGAGCUCUGUGAAGGCAAGGGAGCCCACGGUGACGGCACACGGGCCCACAGCCUGGAAGCCAGACUUCUCGUAGAAGGGCACCAGUGCAUGCUCGCACAUGAGCACGGCCCGCCGCACCGCCCACAGGCUGCCCAGGUGCUGCAGGUAGCGCCACAGCAGGACGGAGCCCUUGCCCUGCUGCCGGAAGGUCAGCUUCCAGGGACCCCAGACAUGGCUGCUGUCUCUCCCCACUUGCUCUCGGGGUCAGGAUGCUGAGUGGCCCCUCCAGACCUCUGGACUUGAUCUCUGCCUUCCUGAGCGUCAGGAGGUGGUGGAAGAGAAGGACAGGGCUUGAUGGAGCCUGAGACAUGCUCUGAGCCUCUGUGACCCCUUCUGCUGCAACUGCAGGGUGGGCAGGUGCCUGGGCCUCCCACAUUGCGGUUCGAGGGGCUUGUCUUACCUGUCCAGGGAGAGACUUACGGUCCUUUGGGUGCAAGAUAGUAUGACUUGGAGCUUUUUAGGCAGCCUUAGUCCUCAGGCCUGGGAAAGCCCCUUAAUCAAAGUGGGCCCUAAUAGCUGGAUGUGGUAAUACACGCCUGUAAUCCCAGAGCCCUGGAAACUGAGCCAAGAGGAUCACAAGUUCAAGGCCAGCCCGUACAACAUAGCAAACAUGUCUUAAUAAAAAAUUUUUGAAAGGCCAA